CCAGGCACAUAUAUGCAUCGGUCCAAGUUGUCAUACUUCAUUUACACAACAAAAUGGACACCGGAUUCAUAAAAGUAGUUAAUUCAGAGGUGGUAAUAUAUAAAAGAAAGAUUGCAAUAAGGACAUAGUACAGGAAGAAAGGAUUAGUUCGUAGAAAGAAAGAUAUGAAGCGAUUUUAAUCUCUUAGUUUAAGGAAAGACAGAGAGUGUAUACACCGACGCCAUUGUGAUUGAUUCUGAGCCAUGUCCCCAAGAGUCUCCAACCAUUGCAUUCUGAAGUUAGAUUAGAAUAAUAGCUUACCCUCAUAGCAUUUACAAAUAAUGUUUACAAAGAGUACUUGAGGAGUCAUUAAGUCUUCCUUACUCCAGCAAAAGAUGGAGUUUUUACGGCUUGCGCAAUUAAAAUCAUUUGCAGACACAUUUCUCUUGAACUCCAUCAGGACUUGAUACAAAUUUACCUUGGUUGUUAUUAAAGUAGUAUUUAGUUUUUUUAUCAAGCGAUUUACUAUGGCUGAAUUCAUAUAGUGUUCGACACUCAUAAGGCUGAUAAAUGUGGGAAUUCUUAUCCGUUUAAAUCCACUUAAAGUUAUCAAACAAAAUAUGAGGUGAAUAACGAGUUUCACUAGAUUAUUCAGCGUGUUUAUAUCCAAUAUGAACAGCAUGGACAGUAUAAUCUCUUUCCAACGGCUUCAUCUCUUUGGAAAAUAUAAUUUGUUAAUAAUACUUAACGUUUUGUUCUCUGGUUAGGAAAAUUAAUAUUCUUUCGUCUUCGUUAGUAUUGUCUUUCUUGAUCGUGGAAAGUAGUAUUUACUUCUAAUAUUCUAAGGGCUGGUGGAGCGACUUUGUACUUUCAAGUAGCAUUAUCACUCAGACCUACCUCUUUUAUCAGCGUUUCUGCGUUCAAAAAUACACAAUAAGCCAACAGUUUUACUUGCAAACACAACUUGAUGACAUGUAAUUUAUCGAAUCCUUUAAUUUCUAAAGUCCAUUCUUUAUUUUCUUGACUCCUGUAUGUUUUACUUGCCUUUGUUUUGGGAAAAUUAUGUUAUUUUGUUGUUAACACUGGUUUUAUUUCAUUGUUCCUGAUAUUUAAUCUUAUUUCGUUUCAUUACCGUAAUAUAAAUCAAUACAUUUGUUUUUUAGUGAUUCAGACUAUAUAGGAUGGAUGGCUUUGAGUGUUUCGAUGACAGUGAUGUUCAAGAAGAAGAUUUUAAAGGAUUUUUUUAUGGAUGCUAUAUUUUGGUGUCCCUCAACCCAAAGUUUCGUGGCAAAACUUAUAUAGGUUUUACUGUAAAUCCUAAGAGGCGCAUACGACAGCAUAAUGCUGGUUGUUUAAAAGGUGGUGCGAGGUCCACUGCUGGUAAAGGACCAUGGGAAAUGGUUUUAAUUGUUUAUGGGUUCCCAAAUGCGAUAUCUGCACUAAGAUUUGAAUGGGCAUGGCAAAAUCCAAACUUAUCACGUCGACUCAAAGAUUCCUUACCAAUUAGAAAAUCAAGAGAAACCAGUUUUGACUACCGUUUACGCGUUUUAGCAUUGAUGUUAUGCUCAGGACCUUGGAACCGUCUGGGUUUAACUAUUCAGUGGAUCAAACAGUCAUAUGCACGUAAUUUAUCGGAAAAUUUGGUGCCUCCUCUACACAUGCCAAUAGCCUUUGGACCCAUUGACUCAAACUGUUCAGAAAAUCCCAGUACUAAAGUCGCGUCAUUUGGUCUUUGUCAGAUUUGUAACAUUCCAUUUUCAGUUGAUUCUUCAGUACCACUUACUUGUCCAAGUUCUUGUCCUCUUGGUCAGUGGCACUUAUUAUGUCUAGCAAACUAUAUGACUCAGGCUGAAACUGUGCCUGAUCGUUUGGAAAUAUCAUACUUGAUACCUUUGUCUGCCUCAUGUCCUGCAUGCCUCAAUGCUGAACUUCUAUGGCCAUCACUUAUAAAAUCAUGGAAAAUGAAAACAAUCGCUUCUGAACAUUCUUGUUCGUCUACCAGUUUAUGA